AUGUCCGAAAUCCUGCAGGGAUUCAUCUGUGAAGUCGGCGAAAAGUCGUACAAAGUGAGUAUUUUUGUGUUAGACCGAUAAUGUUCCGAGUUUUUUUUUUCAGAUUUACGACUACGACAAAGGCGUCUGCGAACUGCCGCUCCACGAGGGAGACGAGUUCGAACGCGGCCUGUUCUACUCGGUUUCCCUCGAGGGAAAAGUCGGUCGCUCACCUUACAUUCCAUAUAAUUUCCCAUCAAAUUUCAGUUCUUGUGCCCGUUCCAUCCCGAUCUCAACCUCAUCGAUCUGUUCGAGAAGGACGGAAAUCUGAUGGCGAAGACGGUCGCCGUCGGCUUUCCGAUCCUGCUCUACGAUGAGAUGGAGGAGAUCUGCGACAAGUACGAGCUGUGCGUGUGGUCGCCGUUCCUCCGAAUGCUCAGAGAUCCCGACCACAACUUCUACCGCGAAAACCCCGAUGUCACCCCCAUCGAGGUACGCUUUUUAGCUCACUUUUCUGGGCUCCUUCCCUUCUGCCCCCGAGCUUAGAACUUUGAUGGGGACUCCAUCCACAAUAUCGGCUCCCAGCUCCAUGUUACGGUGCUCAAAGGUGUAGCAAAACCAUGUUUUGAAUGGUUUCUGGCACCUCAAAGCUUGCCUGAACCUUCAACACACUUUAACAGGUGACGUGCAAGUACGCGCCAGGAGACGACGGCCGAGUCUUCGAGAUUGUGGACAUGGAAAGUCUUCGCAAGGAGUGGCAGCUAUUCGAUAUUGUCUAUGCGGCGGUACUCUUUCUUUCUCUCUCUCGCCUCUCACUCCAAAAUCAACACAUUUGCAGCCGUGGCAUCAGGAGGCGUUCGACCUGAAACUGCCCGAACUCUGUUCCCUCCCGGACGAUAGUGAGGUGAGGAGAGAUGGAGAUCAGCAGAACCAUUUCCCCGCAUUUUCAGCGUCUGCCGUCGAACCAGAAGUUCCCGCUGAAGAAGGAAUCGGCGUACAUUGGAUUCGUGUGCGCCGUCGACGUCCCGAAUCACAUCCAGUCGACGAGAAAUUGCUUUCCCACGUGCGCUCUCAUGUACAGCGGCAUGCUCGGAAUCCUCAGAUGUAUGGCUCCCAAUCUUCAAGUGAGGGCGUACCGAUGAAAUUGUAUCCUCUUACGUCGUUGCCUUUCUCUCAGGUCGGCAGUUGGUAUUACUUUGGAGUCAUCGACGACAGAUGGACGAAGACGAGAACACGCAAGAAUUCGUGGCACUUCCGCGAGGCCCGCGCCGUUGAUUUAGUCGAGAUGGACGCCGAUAACGUGCCGGUGCCGACGACAGUGAUCGACGGAAAAGUGGAGGUGAGAAGUGGACGAGUCAACGUAAAAACUCGUCUUUUUCAGUUCACCUGCUCGUUUGUCUACCGCCCCGACAACUUUGAAAGUCCCGAAAACCGAGAGAUCGAGGAUAUGAAGGUGCGCUCGAACAACUUCUCCAAAACUGCACACUUCUACGACUCGGAGCUGUGGAAGAUCGAGGUCUAUCCGCACACGAUCCGUCAGAUGGUCGAGGCGAUCGAGUAUCACUGGCAGCAGCUGAAAGCGCGCCGUCCGGAAGAGUACCAUCUGCUGAAAAAGGAGAAACUGCGCGUGACGGUCAAAGUGCGCAUGUUGGAGAAUGCGCAGCGAAAAUUCGUGCCCAACAAUAGCGGAGAGCUGAAGACGAACGAGUCGGUGUUCGUCGUCAAGUCCAUUCACAAGAUCGCCUACGAUUUCGGCGGCGAGAGCAUUAUUUGGAGGGAGCGGGAGGAGGAAGGCGUCGCCGAAGCGCUCGCAAGUCUCGAAAUCUCCGAAUGA